AAUACACGUUGUGAGCUAACGUUAGGUGUAUACAACGGAAUAUGACUUACAUCAAGAAAUCUCAGAUAUUGAUUAUAAUAAUUGGAUGCAUAUUCGUUUACAUACUUUUUAACUUCUGGCCGUGGUCAUCACAAACUUUUACUACAAACAAUCAGCAAUACUACCGCAAAUCCAGUCCCAGUGACAAGGGAAAAAUCCAUAAGGGAAAGCCAUCUACUGCAACUACUGUGCAAACGAAUAAAGAGGAUCAUCGGGAUGUGAAGAAAUUGAUAAACAACAUUGAUGUUAUCAUAACAUUUAGCAAGGCAAAAGAUAAUAGAGGACUCCAACAAAAAUUUGAAGUUACUGUAUCUUCCAUGUUUAAAUGGGCCACUGUUCCUCUGUCUUUACAUAUAAUAGGAGAUGAUGAAAGCAAGGACCUGGCUGGUCGCAUCUUAGAAGGAGCUGCAAGCAAAUACAAUGCUACAUAUAUGAUGGUGUCAUUGGAUGUGGAACACCUUGCGAAGGAGUUACACGAAAUUGUGAAAGAGAUGCAGCCGUAUUUUAGUUACAGUCCUGAAGCCUACUACAGUGAUGCCCUCUUUUUCCUCUCCAUGGCUCUCCAUAAAGUCCUCCCUCUCACUAUCACCAAGGUCAUCAUGUUGGAUGCAGAUCUUAAAUUCAAUGCAGAUAUUGUAAAACUUUAUGAAGAAUUUUACAAAUUUUCUGACGAUAAUGUAAUGGCCAUUGCCCGUGAGAACCAACCAGUAUAUCGCCACACUUUUUCUCUGUAUAGGACAAAACAUCGUGGUACUCGUGUCGGAGACCCUCCACCAAAUGGUCUCACUGGUUUUAAUAGUGGUGUGUUACUUUUAGACUUGGACAAGAUGAGAUCUUCAGGUCGUUAUAACUCUUUACUGACUGCAUCCUCAGUGAAGUCGCUAACCACUGAAUAUUCAUUCCAAGGUCACCUUGGUGAUCAAGACUUUUUCUCUUUGGUUUCCAUGGUACAUGAAAACUUAUUUUACAUUCUACCCUGUACUUGGAACAGACAGCUCUGUGAUUGGUGGAGGGACAAAGGUUACGAGGAUGUGUUUGACCUCUAUUUCAAAUGUGAAGGUCAUAUCAAUAUCUAUCAUGGAAAUUGUAAUACAGCUAUACCUGUAUUAGAUUGGGAAAAAAAUUAGUUGUUUUAUAUAUUAAUUAAUAUAUAGUUACUGGUGCAGGGAUUGAUUAACUUCAAAAUAAAUAUGCUGUGUGUCAAUAUUACACAUCUAUAUUAAAAUUUAAAUGUAAAUGAGUAAUGACAAGUACCCUGCCCCCUGCUGGGGCUCAAAUUACAGAACACUUGCUCCCUAAAAGGACAUCCUUCCACUAGUUAAAAGAAAAAUACCUGCUAGCCGUAGUCAGGUGACCACUUUUACAAUAAUCCUUAAAAUAAAACUUUAGCAUGUAUACAAAACCAUAUGAUGGUGUGCCCUACUCUUGAAAGGAAACCUCUCGGUCUUCUCAAGCUUUAAUUUGGAGUAAGCUUUAAUUUGGAGUACUGGUCAUUCUCACCAAAUCUGUAAUGUAGAAUAGGGUAAUGGAAUACAAGUGUGUUUCGUGCCCAAUCUGGGAGUCUUUCGGGGGGUAUCUGAAAACCGUACCGCUAGGCUAAAUAGAAAUUUAAUUCCACUAUCCUUCAGAACUGCAGGUACUGUUUUGGAUACUGACCUAUAAUAUCCACUUUAAUGUCUGAAAUGACAAAAUUUUUAUGGUCUACAAUAUCAUUAGCCCCAGACUUCAAAUGAUUGAUCACCAGGAAAAUGGACUGCACAUGUAAAAAAAAAUUUCAAUUUUGGUUAAUUGUACUUAUAGGGAUAAUAUUUAAGUCAUUCUCUAAAAUGCAAUGCCAUAUAUAUAUAUUGAUUCAACAUUGAACAAUCUGCAUGCAUGUCCCUGUAUUCCUUGUGGUCCAGAAGCCAACAACAGUUACAGAUUUGCUGUCUGAUCCAUAGUUGUUUAACUUUGUCCAUGAUGUAUAUACACCUUUGUAUACAUUUUAUACUCUAAAAGUUCUAAACAUCAAUAGUAUAGUUGUUAGGUUGUACAAGGUUGAAUAUUUUGUGGUUUAAUUUUCAUUCUGACCUUGUCCAUUGACAUUAUGCAGGGAACACUAUAUGCCUGGUAUAAAUAUUCACAGAGUAUUAUUUUUGUGCUUUAAAUCCUCUGAAAAUAAUAUUAACUAUACAGUUAUUUAUGAAUUGAACAAAAGUUGAAGUUGUAUGUUAAAGUGCCAUAUAUAUUUAUAAGGAAACAUGUUUUUACCUACAAUGCAGAAAGUGUGUUGACACUUUGUUUUAUUUUCAUACCAAAGUUCUGGAUAAACUUUAUUCUGAUCAAUGUAUAGAUCUUCUCUCUGUGGCAACACAGCAGUUUAACCACUUGAUGUGUUAAGUGUUUUUUACACAUAAUACGGUAUGUGUAUGUUUGAAAAUAAGAAUUCCUUCUGGCUUAAUUAGACAAUUUUGUCCAUCUUUGAAAAGAUUGUUUUAAACUUUUAUGUUAAAACAAUUAAAUUUUUAAACUUCAGAUGCAAGGAAUAUUUUUUGUCAAACAUUUCAUAUUGGUGUUAGUUUAUUUGACUUUCAUGUCAAGCCUGAACAUUUGCAAACAUUACAGCUUUAGAAUCAAGUGACCUUUGGCCUAUGUAUGUCUGCUAUAUGAAGAGUUAUUGUCCUUUGAUAAAUGUUUUUACAAAAUUUGUUGCGGGACCAAUUAGUUAUUCUAUUAUGUUAGCAAGCAAUUCUUUAUUUUAAAUGAACAUUUUUAAUAUAAAUUUGUAUAUAUGUUAUUACAACACAUCUAACACUCAUAUUCAAGUAAUAUUAAAUUUAUUGAAAAGUUUCUUAAUUUCAUACAAAAUUCAUACAUAAACUAGAUAUUGAUAAAUUCAAUAUUACAUGAGCAUAAGUGUUAGAGACUAUUUAUCAUAUAUGAUGGAAGAAACAUGCUUCCAAUGUAUUAUUCAUGCUUCCUUUCAUUCCUGGGAUAUAUUGAGGAAUUUAGGAAAUCCAUGUUUUUCACCAUUGAAUAAAUGACCAUAUGUAAAUAGUGUGACAUCAUUUUAUACUAUGUCUCAAUAGUGUAUUUACUGAUGUACCUAGUGUUAAAUAUGGUCCCUAUCACUCACCUGAUAGAACAUGCUUCUUUGACUCAUUAGGUAGAGUCGGGGAUUAUCUCGCCAGAGACCUGGGUUCGAUUCCCUCUGGGCACUCAGCAGGAAUGUAUUUUUGCCGCUUCUUUUAUACCAAGUAUAUGUCAUAACAAAUACUCUGAGCAUGACAAGAGACUUUUCUGUGAUGCAUAUUAGAUUGUUGUUUUUACAGUUUUAGUUUUCUGAGUCUAUCAUAAUAUCAAACAGAGUCUAUGAACAUCUAAUGUAUCAUUGUCAUAUCAUGUAUAACGCACAAGAUGUAAGAUUUGUGUGAAGUAGAUUAUGUGAUAUUAUUUCAGUAACCUAUGAUAUACAUGUGUAUUACAAAAUAAUUAUCACGUAAACUACAGUUAUAUACAGUAUGUCAUUGCCUGUCAUUGCCAUUUAGGAGAGAUGUUUGAAAUAUCUACUAGACACGUAUUUACAAUAGUAAAGGAAAUGGAAUAUAAAUAUGGCUAGUAUCAUUAAGGAUUUUUAAGAAAGAUCAAGAAGGUUCUACUUUUAGUAAUCAUACAAUCAGUGCACAUUUUUAUUUUUACAAUACGUAGUGUAUAAUAUACAAUGCGUUUGUUAUUUUUACAAUACGUAGUGUAUAAUAUACAAUGCGUUUGUUAUUUU